CACACACACACACACACCCUCCUGUAUAAACGGCAUCUGCCUGAACACAGUCUCUCGCCUUCUCAUCUCUCAUGUGUGCGCGCUGUCAUUAACGCACACACGCACCGCGGCAGCGCACGUCAGACGCGCUCGAGCACACGGUUCGGUUCGGUUCGGUUCGGACAUGAUACCGGCGCGGACCCGGAGAUGAGGCUCAGAAAUGGCACCUUCCUAACAGUCUCACUAUUCGGGUUAUGUGGGCUUAUAUCGUUGUCCUGGUACACCGCAUUCAGCAAUUCCAAAGGUAAUGUCGUAGACAUUUACCAGCGAGAAUUUCUGGCCCUGAAAGACCGUCUGCACUCCGCUGAGCAAGAGAACCUCAAACGCUCCAAAGAGCUCAACCUGGUGCUGGACGAAAUCAAGCGAGCCAUCGCUGAGAAACAAGCGCUGCGGGACAUCAACCGCACCUGGAGCAGCCUGUCAGAUGAGACCAAGCUGAAGCUGUGGAACGUGACCAGCAGUAAGAAUGUUCUUCAGCUGCCCAGUAUCUUCCACCAUCUGCCGCACCUGCUGGCCAAAGAGACCAGCCUCCAGCCGGCCGUGCACAUCGGCCAGGGCCGCACCGGAGUGUCUAUAGUGAUGGGGGUGCCCAGUGUGAAGAGAGAGGUGCACUCCUACCUGACAGACACGCUGAGCUCGCUGAUGUCAGAACUGAGUCCGGCCGAGAAGGAGGACUGCGUGAUUGUCGUCUUCAUUGCUGAGACGGAUCAACAAUAUGCAAAUAGUGUUGCUGACAACCUUAAGCGCCUGUAUCCAGUGGAGAUUCAGUCUGGGCUGUUGGAGAUCAUCUCUCCCUCCAUCCAUUUCUAUCCAGACUUCUCUCACCUCAAAGAGUCGUUUGGUGACCCUAAAGAGCGGGUCAGAUGGCGAACAAAGCAGAACCUGGAUUACUGCUUCCUGAUGAUGUAUGCCCAGACUAAAGGGACCUAUUACAUACAGCUAGAGGAUGACAUUGUAGCACGGCCAAAUUACUUCACCACAAUGAAGAAUUUCGCCCUGCAGCAGCCGUCAGAGGAGUGGAUGAUUCUCGAAUUCUCCCAGCUGGGCUUCAUCGGUAAAAUGUUCAAGUCAUUAGACUUGCCGUUGAUCGUGGAGUUUAUGCUAAUGUUCUACAAAGACAAGCCCAUUGAUUGGCUGUUGGACCACAUCAUGUGGGUGAAGGUGUGCAAUCCAGAAAAAGAUGCGAAACAUUGUGACAGGCAGAAAGCAAACCUACGCAUCCGCUUUAAACCGUCUCUCUUCCAGCACGUUGGAACACACUCUUCCCUCGCUGGAAAGAUCCAGAAACUCAAGGAUAAGGACUUCGGAAAGCAGACGUUGCAUAAAGGUCACGCUAACCCGCUAGCUGAGGUCACCACCAGUCUGAAGACGUACCAGCAUUUCACGCUGGAGAAGGCCUAUCUGGGAGAGGAUUUCUUCUGGGCGUUCACACCUGUGGCGGGAGACUUCAUACGCAUCCGCUUCUUCACACCUGUCCGAGUAGAGAGGUAUUUCUUCCGCAGUGGAAACAUCGAGCACCCUGGAGACAAGCUCUUCAACACUACGGUGGAGGUUCUUCCUUUUGACAAUAUUCAGUCAGAGAAAGAAGCGCUGAAGGAGGGGAGAGAGAAGACGCCAAAGUACCAGCGCACAGAAGACGGCUUUGUCAGAAUAGGGAAGUUUGACAACGGGAUCGCGGAGGGGGAGGUGGAUGCUUCCUUCGGCCCGCUGGAGGCUCUGCGGCUCUCAGUACGGACUGACUCUCCUGUGUGGGUCAUUCUCAGCGAGAUUUUUAUCAAGAAAGCAGAGUGACUGGUGCUCAGCAAUACCUCAUGACUUCACCGGGUCUCUGCUGCAGGAUGGAGUCUGCUCAGCACCUCCACAUGAGCCCCUCACGCGAGUUUCUUUAGCUUGGUCCAAUAGCGCCAACUGCUGGCGGCAAGCUGUUCUAGCAGGUAGAGAAUGCCAAGCGAUGGCACUCAAAGACGUACAGCUCGUGCUGCCGGACGCGCCGCAGACGACUGAAGACGCUGUAUUUUGUAAACUGUAUUUAUAUGUAUAUAUAUAUAUGCUCAUGGUUGAGUUUAUGUAACUACACUGGUCUGUUGUCAAGGGCUUCCUGAGCGGUCUCUCGCCCGUUUCACGAAACACUUUGACAUUCAACAAAUGCUGCUUUUGGAACGGAAGACUCUUCAUUUCCUAAUCGACAUUCGAUUUUCAAAGUUGAAUUUCUGUCGUUAAUUAGUUGACAAAUGAUUCUGUUUAGGCUACUCCAAAUGGUGUGUAUUUAUUGUAUUUAUUAUGAUACAUUAAGAGUACACCGGCCGUGCUAGAUAUGUGUUUGUUCGUGCACAGGCCUAGCGUGUGUUUCCAAAGUCAGUCCAAAAGAUGCGCUAUACUGAAAGAGCAACGUUUAUUGUAACUAGAGUGUAUGCUGCAAAAAUGUUUCUUCUAAAAACCGAAAUCGCUGGACUUUUCUUGAUAUAAUUAAAAUGAAAGCAAUCACAACAAACAAGAGGGAAGCCUUCUGAGCAUUUUUUUUUUUACAUUUAUUAUUAAUACCAUUUUUUACUUUCCAAUCAGACAUAUUAUUUCUUGCAAUAUGUUGUUUUUCCUCUUCCUGCCUUAAUGUGACGCAGUAGUGUGCUGAUGUGGCCGCAUUUUCAGAUAGAGUUAAACAGAAACAGACCUCUGGGUCUCUAUAUAAUAAUAUAGAGAGACCAAAAUAUGUCUGGCUUGAAAUCUGUACAGCUCAGUGUCAAUCAGUGCGCUGGUAUGCUCAGUUUGCUCUCUGAUAAUAGAAAUAAUAUUUAUCAGAUGCUACACAAAUUUGUCAAGGGUUCUGAUAUUUUUUCAUGCCUUAAAAUGAUUCACUAUAUCGUAAUAUAACACUGAUGGUUAUAGGUAAAGUGAGCGAUCAGCAUGUUUGACAAGAUCUUGAGCUACAGAGCAAAGUUAUCUUCAAGGAAAGAAGGAAAGAAAAAGAGAAAGCAUGUGCUGUAAGAUAACACCAUCUGACCUACAACAACGCUGAUGUUGUUUUAGAGGAGAGUCACUUCCCCGCGGACAGGUCGAGGAGAAAUACAGCGCCACCGUCUUUCACUGUCCCUGCCCUGUUUUCUCUUGAUUAGCCCAUUUGAUCCAUGAACUCAAUUGAAAAUGUAAUGCUGCUGCCAAACAUUUUGAAUAAAGACCA